CGUCGCAUGGUUCGGUUGUGCUGUCCGAGGAAGUUUAUCCUGUGUGGAAUUUGAAGUCGUCGAUUGAUCGCAUUCAAAUUCAAGUUCUAGGAAGUAAGUUUGUUCCGAAAUUAAUUGAGCGAAGAUCAACAGUGAGCAAAAGUGUGACCCAAAGUGUAUUUCAGGUGAAAGAUGAUUUUCAAGUUGAAGAAUUGAUGAAUGUUUACGUUUUUUUCCGAAUCACGAUCGAAGUGUGUGAGUGAAUAAGGUAGCGAAAGAAAAGAGAUCGAUCUAUAUUGCGAGCGAUCCAGAGUACGCUGGAGUGUACAAGUGUCAAAUUCUACUGACCGGUUGUGGCGAUGAAUUAGACGCGAAUGAAUGCCGGUGUAAAUAUUAUGAAUGAGAAUGUUUGAUAAUAAGUGAAGGUGCGAUAAACCGGUGAUUAUUUGCCUGCCAAGUGCAGUGCCAUCCUGUGGAGUGUAUGUCACAAACGGCAGUUGGAGGAUUAAACACUGUGGACACGAUAGUCGUUCCACUCCCAGAAGGAAUUUGAACGAGCGUAGAGUCGGCUUAAAAAUAAAAACCUCAGUAAACUCGAGAAAGAGUUAAACCAGCGCAACAACAUCGCACGCUGUCAAUAUGACGAAUUUAUGUGUUUACGUUGGAUUAUUCUUGCUGCUUGCGGCCGGCGGUGGAGCACAUCUGAACCUGUAUCUGAACCAGCUCGAAGUGAUGCGAUUACUAGGACUCUCGGCCGAGCUGUACUACGUUCGGGAAGGCCAGGUCAACGAAUAUGCGCUCCACUUUACCGUACCGGUACCGGCAAACGUGCAGGACAUUUCGUUCACGUGGCAAAGUCUAGCCGGUAAACCACUGCCCUAUAAAAUCAGCAUCGUUACCUCGGAUCCGUUGGUUCUUCCGAAACCGUCGAUGAAUAUUUCUCGAGUUGGUGAAAUACCGACGCAGAUUGAAACGUUUGCAAUCGCGCUCAAAUGCGCUGGUCGUGAUCCAGCCGAGGUUGAAGUCACGAUAACUAUCGAAGUAACUCUGAACCGAGCUACAGGGAACGCUACGGAGCUAGUUUUCCGUAGGAAAAAGAUUUGUCUGAACAAUGAUCACCCGGAUGUUAAUCAACCAGAUCCUUACCUACUGGAAACGGUGAAUCACACUCCGAACGGCUUGAUGACACUCAUCGUCGGAGGUAUUCUGGCAAUUGUCCUGGUAGCGAUCCUCAUCUCAAUCGCGUACUGCGCCCGUGGUUCGCUGAAACGUAAACCACACCACGCCCAACCGAUUCGAACUUCCAGCUUUCAACGUCUCCAAACUCACCCACCAUCGGCACCAUCCUCGAUCGUAUCACCACCUUCGAUCGCUCCAACCAUCGCCACCCUAUCCAGGAACAAAAUCUACGCCAACGCUGAACCCGAAGAACUCCAGCGACGCAUAUCCGAAUUAACUGUGCAACGCUGUCGCGUUCGGCUCUCAUCACUGCUACAGGAGGGCACCUUCGGUCGGGUCUACCGUGGUUCCUACAAUGACAGCCAAGAAGUGCUCGUUAAAACCGUCGGCCAACAUGCCUCCCAGAUCCAGGUUUCACUUCUGCUCCAGGAAGGUAUGAGUUUAUAUGGUGCACAACACCCGGGUAUUCUGUCCGUGCUGGGAGUUUCCAUCGAAGAUCACACCGCACCGUUCCUGCUGUAUCUCGCUCCGGACAACAUGAGAAACCUGAAGAUCUUCCUCCAAGAACCGGUCGCUCGCACUAUGACCACAAUUCAAAUCGUAAAAAUUCAACUGCAGCUAGCACAAGCUCUUGGCCACUUGCAUAGUCACGGCGUCAUCCACAAAGACAUUGCAGCUCGAAACUGCGUAAUUGACGAUCAGCUGCGGGUCAAGCUGGCUGACAACUCGCUCUCGCGGGAUCUCUUCCCCGGUGAUUACUACUGUUUGGGUGACAGUGAAAAUCGACCAAUCAAAUGGCUCGCGUUGGAAUCGAUUCAGUACAAACAGUUUAGUGAAGCAUCCGACACGUGGGCUUUCGGUGUGCUAAUGUGGGAGCUGUGCACCCUGGCCAGACAGCCGUACGCUGAGGUUGAUCCAUUCGAGAUGGAACACUACCUCCGUGAGAACUACCGAUUGUCCCAGCCGAUCAAUUGUCCGGAUGAACUUUUCGCAAUCAUGGCCUACUGCUGGACAAUGCUACCUAUGGAGCGCCCAUCAUUCGAGCAGCUGCAAGUCUGCCUGCAGGAUUUCUAUGCGCAGCUGACGAGGUAUGUCUAGGGUUUAGCGAACGCCGCCAACGGUGCGGUAGUUCCUUUCGUUAAUGGUAACAGUUCGAAACAAGCGUCGAACCCCACACAGUCGCAGCAGGAGCAUCAAAGGUUCUACAUGUUUCCUACGCCCAGGGCGUUAUCUCUUAGUUUUCGCUUCCGUGUUAAGAACCGGCACGCCAGCAGUGCCACCUUCGGAGGACGCUCCGGUAAACCGAAUGCUAACAACAACAAUAACAACCACAUCUACGAGAUUCCGCCAUCACCGGCGAUAACGCCGGCUAUGAAAACGCAGACGCUGCCGGUGGCCGGUAGCGCGAUCUCGUGACAUAAGCCGAAAGUGGCCACCAUCAGCCGGAGCGGACCGCUGGCCACAAUACGCGAAUCGCGCAAAAGUCGUGACAAGCUGCCAAAACCGAACAACAGUCGAAAUAGUAUACAAUCAAACAAGGAGACAAAUAACGGCAAACCAUUUGUUAUACAGUGCGCCGGCAGCAACGGCGGCAACUGAUGUCUGUAACCGGUUAACGCCAACUCGUCAUCUCGAGUCAAUGAUAGAAUCUCAUAGUAUUUUAUACGCAGCUAACACACACACAUAAUUCGUGCCAAAAAUAUUGCUAAAUAGAUAAUGUUUCUAGAGUAGGUUAUGUGGAUAACAAUUAAUCACGCAGGAAAACAACUCCAAGCUCUGUUAGAUGAAGUAGAAUAGAAAGUUUAGAUGAAGUUCGAUUGUCGCUUUCAUCAUACUCACCAUUUCAUAUCCAUUCCCUUUACGGCGAGAUAUCCUGCAGUGCUAGUGCAGCCGAGACGAUAGCGUUAAGAAGUCCCCCGUGGAAAAAGAUGUAUAUAUUUAUUUUAUCAAGCAAUUUUUCACACCUCGUCAUUAUACCCUAUUUUAGGAGAAGAAAAGAAACUACCUAAAUCAAAUAUAUUUAUUAGAUUUUCUCUUAUUUAACUGCAAAUCACAAAUUUGCCCGAAUUAUUCGACACCAUUUAACUAAUAAUCAAAAUAACUACACAAAAAAACGGAAGCAAAAAUAGUUUAAACAAAAUUACUCAACUACACAAUAACAGAAUUUAUAUAAUCUAUACCCUAUAGAAUAGGAGGAAAAAGAAAAUUAUGCGCCGAUAAUAAUGAAGCAAGAAUCAAGAUAAACCCUCUCACACUGCUACGUAUAAUAUAACGCACUGCCGAGAUUUGUAGACUGAUCCGUUUUUAUUCUCCUUUCUUCCGUUCACGCCGUAAUUUUGUUACUGUUUAUCACCGAGUUCCAAGCGUUUCUAUUCCUACAAAGUGUGUUUGUAAAUAAGUUGUACGAAGUUUAUUUCGAGUAAAAGAGAGUACGAAACAUUCGAUUGUUUGGUGAAAGCUUCAUUUGAGGAAUCGAAUAUUUUUUGUAAAGUUUACGCAUAAUUGAACAAUUGUGAGAAAUGGUCCUAUAGCUUUUUUGAGGGAAGGGGUUGAAAUUUGCCCGACCAACCGCGGUUGGCAAACGAGGGGAAAAGAUUAAGAAUUAAUAUUAACAAUAGAAAACAACUUCUGUGGCGAUUAGUAGAUAGUAGAGCAGUACCAUUACCAGAGGUUUGGAGGGAUGUUGUAAGAAGACACAAAGGUAAGCAAAACAUGUUGACAUAUUUGUAGGGUCCCUAUACAGAUAAGUGUAAUAACAGAACUAAUCAAUUACGCAAUAAAAAUGUAUAUUUUA